CAUCGCCACCUGUCGACUUCUUGGAGAUAAGUUAUUGACAAGAAAUGUGUGCAAAAAUAUGACUUGUUAAUGUAUUCUUAUGUUGCUUUAUUGCCAUAAGUAAUGGAUAUCUUCAGCGAUUUACCACAACCUUCAUCAUCUCCAGUGAAGAAUACGUCUGGUUCAAAAGCAAAGUUCCCUGUGAGUGUUCCAGCUACAGAUAGGGGAGACAACUCUGGCCUGUUUGGCGACUUGCCGCCAGCUGAUGAUGCUGAUGACAAACAGAAGAUCAGAAACAAGAGGAAAUCAGAAGAUUCCAUUCAGAAUGAGAAUCAGAAACAUGUUAAAACAGAGACUUCUGCCCGAUACAUCUUAAAAGGUUACGUAGCGGACCGGAGAGGAGAGAGAGAGGAAAUGCAAGAUGCUCACGUGCUGGUUGAUAACUUCCUGGAUGAAUUUCAAGACCUUCAUCCAUCCAUACACCAUCUCUCUCUCUACUGCGUGUUUGACGGCCACGGGGGCUCAAGAGCUUCAAGGUUUGCAUCUGAAAGUUUGCGGGUGAACCUCCGGACUUACUUUCCGAAGGGUGAUGUUGAUUCAGUGGAAAAAGAAAUGAAGAAGUGUUUCAUUGAUGCUUUUAAGAAGACUGAUGAGGAUUUUCUCAAGAAUGCGGCUAAAAGUAAACCUUCAUGGAAGGAUGGAACGACAGCCGUGGUAGUUUUAGUCGUUAACGAUACACUCUUCAUCGCCAAUCUCGGAGACAGUAAGGCUGUGUUGUGUCGGUACAAACCUGACCAGGACAAGUGCGUGCCGAUUCCUCUGUCGGCCGAUCACAGUCCGUCUCUGUAUGAAGAGCGAAUGAGAAUUCAGAAAACUGGAGGCCAUGUCAGGGAAGGUAGAGUGAUGGGAGUUUUGGAAGUGUCUCGUUCCCUUGGCGAUGGACCAUACAAAAACCAUGGAGUCACAUGUUUGCCGAAUGUGAAACGAUGUCCAAUCACUGAGAAUGACAGAUUUAUCCUGAUUGCAUGCGAUGGGUUGUGGAAAAGCUACUCCCUGCAAGAAAGCAUUGACUUUGUGAACAAGACCAGUUCACAGAUUUCUCAAGUCGCCUCGUCUGACGGGAAGACUACAGAAGAUACGUGUUUUGAAACUGCGUGCAACCGACUGGCGAAUGACGCAGUCCUCCGGUUAAGUGGCGACAAUGUGACAGUCAUGAUCGUGUCCAUAAAACAGAUGGAUCAUGGAAAAUCCUGAUGAGCGGUUUCCAUUCAUAAUGUUCAAUCUACUAAUAUAAUUUCAGGCGCAUGUGCAGCAAUUUUUGCAGGAAGGGCCUAGAUUGUGGCAAGCAAGUUUAUAAGGGGAGUCGAAUCAUUCUUCCCCUGGAAAAUAUAUUGAAGCCAAAGAAAAGUUGCUUGAGCAGGGAGGGGUUUCAACCCCUCCAAACCCUCCCUCUGCACACGUACCUUAAUAUUUGCCAUAUAUUUUUAAAGGAAUGAAAUUAAUGCAUCAUGAUUUUUUUUUUUAGCAUUGGGUUAGUGGGGAUGGGCAGGUUGAGGGAUCGUAGUAGCCAAACUGGUUACAAGCAUGGCAACAGUAGCCACUGCUAUGGCUGUAGUCGCACUGCUAAAAAACACACAGAAGAGGAAUUAGCAAUUGCAACAGCGUAUACAGGCAUGGUGGAAGCAAGUAGACAUUCAGGGGGGCUGACUUGAGAUUGAGGGUGCAAAGCAAAGUUUCUAGGGGGUUCGGGGUAUGCUCCCCCAUAAAAUUGUAGAAACUAGAUUCCUGCACUCUACAAGUAAAAUUCAUUAAGAUUAAUUACCAAUAAUAAUUUUGAUUCAGAAUUAUUGGGGAAGGGGGCUCCACCGUGCCCGGUAUAUUUAUUUACUAUGGCAACGAAGACAUAUUUCUUCAGUUUAGAAGAAAACUCUUUUUCGGCUUUCUGUGAUUGUAAAUUAUUCUGACUAUUACUGUAAUCAUUGCUUGCAUGGCAAAAUCGCAAGCAGAUAUCUUGAAUUUUGUUGCCUUGCCAAAAAAAAAGGUUUGUGGCAACGCGACCACUAGGUGCAUUUUAGUCUCAACAGUAACUAUUAUAAAAUAUUUGUUUCAUUUGUAUAUAAUCUAUUAACAAGUACUAUGUGUUGUCUUAAAACAAUGCUUGCAUUUUAAAACCUGGACACAUUUGGUUGUGGAAAGGUAUGUCAUAAUUAUUACACAUCUGGUUAAAAAAAAAAAAGGUUUAGGUUUGUUCGUGUCAUAUUGAUUGUUAUUUCAAAUUGUUUGAUAAUUUUUCAAAUAAACUUUUAUCAAAUUCUUGUUAUCUCUCUGGGACAGCAUUAAAAUUUUAAAAAAUUGAUGUGAAAAGGAUUUCUUGUGACAAAAGUGUUUUAUUCGACGUUUUACGAGUAAGAAUUAAAAACUGAAAACUA